GUCACAUAUAAACGUCCCACUGGCCGUGACUGAGGAUGUACAUGUAGGAGCUUCACUGUCGUCUGCGUCACAUACUACAACUUAAAGAAGGGCUAACACAGAAGCCGACAUGUUUAAGUUGGUGUUCCUGCUGCUCGGCCUCAGUCUCGGGCUGUUAAAGGCUUUCCCCACCGUGGACACAGACAGUGGGAAGAACUGGGUACUCAUCGUGGCUGGCUCCAACGGCUGGUACAACUACAGACACCAGGCUGAUGCUUGCCAUGCCUACCAGAUUGUCCACAAGAAUGGCAUCCCAGAUGAGCAGAUUGUGGUCAUGAUGUACGAUGACUUGGCAGAGAAUGAGGACAACCCCACCCCUGGCAUUCUGAUCAAUAGACCCAAUGGCUCUGACGUGUACAAAGGCGUUCCUAAAGAUUACACCGGGGACGAUGUGACUCCAGAAAACUUCCUGGCCGUGCUGAAGGGUGACUCUGCUAGUGUCAAAGGCGGCUCAGGAAAAGUUAUCAAGAGUGGCCCCAAAGAUCACGUGUUUGUCUACUUCACUGACCACGGAGCCCCUGGUAUCCUCGCCUUCCCCAAUGAUGAUCUCAAUGUGGAAGACCUGCAGGCUGCCAUUAAAUACAUGCAUGACAACAAGAAAUACAAGAGGAUGGUGUUCUACAUUGAGGCAUGCGAGUCCGGUUCAAUGAUGACCAACCUGCCCACUGACAUCGACGUGUACGCCACCACAGCAGCCAACAGCCACGAGUCUUCUUACGCCUGUUACUACGACGAGAAGAGGGACACGUACCUGGGAGACUGGUACAGCGUUAACUGGAUGGAGGACUCUGAUGUUGAGGAUCUGACCAAAGAAACUUUGAUGAGGCAGUUCAAGAUCGUGAAGAGCCACACAAACACCAGCCAUGUCCAGCAGUAUGGAAACAAGACGAUGGCCCACAUGAAGGUUAUAGCCUUCCAGGGUAACCCCAAGAAAACCAGCCAGCCCGCUCCUCUGACCCUGCAGCCCAUUACUGACCCUGACCUGACCCCAAGCCCUGACGUCCCCCUGGCCAUCCUCAAGAGGAAGAUGAUGGCAUCCAAUGACAUCAGAGUAGCACAGGGACUUCUGGCUGAGAUCAACGCCCACCUGAAGGUCAGAGAGAUGAUGGCCGAGUCGAUGCGCAGAAUCGUCGAGGCAGUCACCGGCAACAAGCUGAAGGCCGCGGAGGUUCUGAACGAGCACAAAGAUCUCACCCAGCAUGACUGCUACAACCCUGCAAUGACUCACUACAAAUACACCUGCUUCAACUGGCACAAGACGGAGUAUGAAUACGCUCUGAGACAUCUGUACGCUCUGGUCAACCUGUGUGAGAGAGGAUACUCCACUGAGCGCAUCCAGGUGGUCAUGGACGCUGUGUGCCAGAGAGUGUGAAGGACGUUCUGCAAACUCAUCGAAGUCUUAUACCAAACUACUUCUUCUUCCAUGCAGGAAGGGUUGAGGAGACGAGAAGCUCCUCUUUGCACUGCUUAGGAAUCAAUCUGACGUGGAGUUGACGUUAUUUUAUCAACACACUAACACUUUUUUUUUUUUUAACAGUGAUGUUUUUGUGAUUUUACUGAGAAUUUUUAACUUGUUUUAUGAUGAGAUGCACUUUUGCUGUGAGAGUUUUGGAUAUUUUUCUGCUUCUGAUUGUUUUUAGGACACAAUGAUAGAACUGUGUUGUUGUACGUUUGUUUUGCUCUCAGCUUUACUCGUGGUGUGGCUGCAUGAAUGCUUCAUGUAAAGGACAUACCGCUGAACAGUGAAUGUUAAAACCUCAAGACACAUAAACAGGGAUCUUGAAAUAAAUCUGACCAAAACUCCUAAAAA